AUGAAAAAUGCACAGAAAGACAAAGAGAAGGAAGAUGUGGUGAAAACGCUGAUGGAGGUGAAGGCUGAGCUGGAGAACCAGAAGGGUCAGACGCAGGUUUACCCACCCCAGCCGGUCGUGGUAAUGGUUGGCGAUGACACCGUUUUGCCUUGUCAGCUGGAACCUGCCAUGGAUGCUUUUAAAAUGACAAUGGAAUGGGGGAGACUUGACUUGGACCCCAGGUUUAUAUACGUGUGGCACGACGGUAAGGCGCUUCUGGAUGACCAAAACACGGCCUACAAGGGAAGAACAUCGUUGUCCAUCGACAAACUGAAGCAUGGAGACAUUUCACUGAAACUCUCCAAAGUGAAAGUCUCUGAUCAUGGAACGUACAGAUGUUACAUUCCAAAACAGAAUAAACGAUAUUUAGUAGAGCUUCAUGUUGCUGCCAUCUCCUCACCUGGUGUCAGUUUAGCGAGGCUUCAUAAAGACAGUGGUAGAGUGGUGUUACAGUGUGAGUCUAAAGGCUGGCAUCCAGAGCCUGAGCUGUUGUGGCUGGACGGUGAGGGAAAGCUGCUCUCUGCUGGACCUACAGAGACAGUCAGAGGUCCUGAUGACCUCUAUACUGUCAGCAGCAGAGUGACUGUGGAGAAGAGACACAGCAACAACUUCACCUGUAGAGUCCAACAGAAGAUCAUCAACCAGACCAGAGAGACACACUUUUAUAUUCCAGAUGAUUUCUUCAUGGCCACAUCUAACUGCGCUGCUUCCAUCAGCUUUAGUGUGGUUUUCUGCUUAAUGUUUGUGGUUGCAGUUUCCUUUUCUGUCUGGAGACAAAACAGAAUAAAAAUGCCAUGUCGAGACAUGAAUGAAGACCAAGAAGAGAAAACCACAGCUACUAAUACCAGCACAGAACAUCAGCCUUUGAUGGCAAGGAAAGAAAUCAACAAAAUGGACAAAAAAAGGGCAAAACUUGAUGAACAUUUAAAGGAGAAAGAGGAGGAACAGAAGGAUGUGGUUCAGAUAAUUGACUGUCUGAUGGAACUGACUAAGGAACUUGAGACGCAGAAAGAGCAACUGACUGUCCAGAUGCAGAAAGCAGAGAGAGAGGUAGAGGAGACUGAUAAUAAGGUUACAUCAGUGGAGAUAGAAGUAACGGAAGAGGAGGGAGAUAAGAUAGCUAACAAAGCAAAGGGAUAUUUAAAACUGAAAGAAAUCAUACUGGAGAGUAACAACAACCAGCAGGAGAGAAAGCAAGAAUACCAGCAACUGCAAAUGAAUGUAGACAAAAUAGUCAAGAAGGUUGUGUUUGAAGAAUAUUUAGAGAUAAGAUUUCAGCCCAUCACAGUGUUUGUGUGUCAGACCUCCUCCUGA